CAUCACUUAAUUAUUAGCCCAAGCCCAGUCCAUACUCAAAUCCUUACCUAGAAAAAGAAAACGGAAGAAAAGCUGCCGAAGUGCCGAUCGAAGAAAGACCGGAAGAAAGAAGAGAGCCCAGUCGCCGCCGGCCGCCUCCACCGCCAGACGCCGAGUCGCCGACCUGCACGGCUCCACCCUCCAACCCUCCAGGUUUCAAAGAUUACAGGCUUCGAGUCUUCGCUCAAGGAAAUCAUCUCUGACCAGGUUAGGCUUUUUCAAUCUUCGCCACGCCAGUGCCGCCCCAUCAUCGUCAGUGCCCCUUACUCUUCCAGUAUACCUGUAUCAAAUGCUAAGAGAAAGUAUCCGGAUGAGCUGCUUUCGCCUAUUGUACAGAGUUGAAACGCCUUUUAUCUGCCCCUAUGACUUCUGCUCCUAUGGGGGUGGCCACAGAUUAUUCGCUACCUCUUGCUCCACCUCCACCAAAACGACAACAAAGAAGGAGAAGGUAAUUGUGAUAUCUGGACCCACUGGUGCUGGGAAAAGCAAGCUUGCAAUCGAUCUUGCAAAGCAACUCAAUGGAGAAAUCAUUAGUGCGGACUCAGUACAAGUUUGUGUACAGAGGGCUAAAUAUUGGUUCGGCAAAGCCAUCCCUCAGUGAAAGAAAGCAUGUUGAUAUAGACGCCUUCGAGGCAGCACAUAUCAGUGAAGGCACAAGGCAGAUUCGCAUAUUUGACAAGAGAAUUCAUGUUUCCUAAAUUAUUAUAUCAUUUAAUAAUGCUUAACUAAUUAAUGGUUUGGUAAGUAUUUGAUUUACUUGUCCUAGCCAAGUUUUGAUUAUGUAAGAGACUAUUAAAUAUUGGGUUAUCUGCCAUCACUAAAGACUAUUUAUUCCUGAGUAAUUGGCAAGCUAUUGGAGGUGGGACUGCAUUCCCUGCCACCAGCCCGUGAGUAGUCAUAGGUCGCACAAAACCUUCUGCCUCUCUCCCUGUUGAUCCUCACCAUUUAGGGUCUAUUUGGUUUGAUGGGAGGGAAGGGGAGGGGAAGGGAUGGGGUGGGGCUACACUUACGUUGUUUGGUUGGAGAAGGGGAAGGAAAACAUCUAAAUUAUUUCAAGCUUUUCAAACCCCGAAGCAGAGUUCUAGCUUUUGAACACAAUGAGGUAGGUGUAAUAUCAUUAUUUGAGUGGAAUCCCUUUCGAUUCAACAAUGAGCAUCCCAAAUCUAUUUAUCAUCAUUUAAUUUCAAGAGAUAUUAGGAGAAGAAGAUUCGAUGUUAUUGCAGUGCCUAUAUGAUUGAACAGACCUAGAUGAAAAUGAAAAUAAUUUUCCUCACCUGGUGAAAUAGACUGGGGAGAAGAGG